CUUGUGAUGUUUCACCGAUAGUUCAUAUUGCAGUGCUGCCAAAUCCAUGCUCAGAAGGUAAACCGCUAAUGAACGCCCAGAAUGAGCCGACGAUUUGUGGAGGCAGUGAAAACUGCCCUAAUGAUUACUACUGUCACAUUGCGAAUGAUGCAUGUACCUUACCGGUGGAAGAGGGUAAGGGUACAGAACGAUUGGACAGGUGGUAUUUUGACAGCAGCGAGCACGUGUGUCGUAAGUUUGUUUAUCGUGGACUCCAGGGAAACGCUAACAACUUUAUUUCACGAGAGGCAUGCCAGCAGAGCUGCAAAGGUUACUUUUUUUCAAACUGAGC